AGGUUCCCCCAGUUCAAAGUACAAGGAGGGCAAGUCAGAUCCAUUUCUGCGACUGUGUCAGCAACAGAUAAACCCCGUAGGGGGAUAAUGUCUUUGUGUUUUUAAUUUAGUUCUACUUUUUUUUUUCUUUUUGGUUUGUUUGUGCAUUUGGCGGCAGCUCCGGCACUGUAAACGGGAGAAACAGUCUUCGUCACUCUCGCUGGAUCCCGGUCCGCUGGCGACCGCCGACUUGUACCGGAGCUGCUCACCUGCCCGAUUAGACGGCAGAGUUUGGAGGUAAAGAAACGACCGAAAGGAAAGAAGAAUGUGUCAGACAUAAAGUCGGAGCCUCACUGGGUGCGUGUGUUUGCCUCUUCUGGGAUCCCAGAUUGGAGCUGUGUUUUUCUAAGACAACGGACCAAAGGGCGCAUUUUCGACGCUCACAUCUAUGGCGUUUUUAAUGAAGAAGAAGAGGUUUAAGUUUCAGACCAGCUUCACCCUGGAGGAACUCUCCGCCGUCCCCUUUGUUAACGGCAUGCUUUUCUGCAAGAUCAGGCUCCUGGACGGCGGCGAAUUUACUUGUACAUCAUCAAGGGAGGAGGUACAGGAGAACUCUGUUCGCUGGAAGAAGAGGUUCUCCUUCAUCUGCAAGAUGAGUGCCAGCCCCACCACAGGAGUGCUGGAUCAGUGCAUGUGCCGGGUGUCGGUCCGCAAGGAGCUGAAAGGUGGAAAGAGCUUCUCUAAGCUGGGCUUUGCUGAUCUCAACAUGGCAGAGUUCGCUGGCUCAGGGUCCACAGUGCGCUGUUGUUUGCUGGAGGGUUAUGACACCAAGAACACGCGACAGGACAACUCCAUCCUCAAGGUUACAGUCGCGAUGACACUUUUAUCUGGAGAUCCAUGUUUUAAAAGACCCCCUAGCACUGCAAAGACCAUCUCCAUGCCGGGGCAGGACCACUCACUGCAGCCGGACUGUAAAGGGGAGGGCACCGCAGCCCCUGUUACCCCAGCCGGGGUCGUCAUGGCUCCAGGGCGCUUUCCCAAACCCAAACCUACAGUCGGCUCAGUCCCAGGUCUGCCGGAGGAGACUGACCAGAGCCUGUCCAGCCCAGAUGAGGUCUUCCACUCGGGUCACUCCCGCAACUCCAGCUACACUAGCCAACACAGCAAAAUAUCAGGUGACACAGACACGCACAAAGCUGCCCAUCGUUUGACCUCUGGAUACAGCACCGAGCACUCGCACUCCUCCAGCCUGACAGACCUCACACAUCACCGCAACACCUCAACGAGCAGCAGCAUCUCUGGGGGGCUUGCCGAGCCAGAAAAGGAGCCUGAGAAACCCCCCCGACCAGAGAAACCCCCCCAACCAGAGAAACCCCCCCGGCCUCCAAGGCCAGCCCUGCCGCCCAACAGGUCUUCUAGGAGGACAAAGGUGUCUGUGGAGAAUCACCCUAACUGGGUGGACGAUACCCGCAUGGACGCGGAUGACAUUGUGGAUAAGAUUGUUCAGAGCCAGAACUUCGCUGAUGUCAGCAACAACGAAGACAGCAAUCUGAGACUGUUUGUCAGCAGGGAUGGUACUACUGCGCUUGGUGGGAUUCAGCUGGGGGCUAACAGGGUGUCAGCUGGUGUCUUCGAGCCCGUGGUGAUCGAAAGCCAUUAGAAACCCCUGGAUGUUCCAGCUUCAGCAUCCCCCCCCCUCGAUUCACCCCCCCCCCCCCUCGAUUCACCCCUUCCCCCUGAUUCUGGAAAAGAGAGAAGGGGACGAGUAGCUUCAGCCUGGGGUGGUGCAGGACACUGCUGCUUCCUGUGGAUUCCCUGUCUCCUGCUGUAUUGUGUGUGUGUGUGUGUGUGUGUGUGUGUGUGUGAGAGAGAGAACAUGUGGUUCUCAUGGUGUUCAUUAGCAAAACGGACAGAGACAAAGCACUUCACUGAACUCCACCAGGGCAUAACAUUACAGGAAUGAUAUAGUACCAUCCAAAGACUGACGUGGAUUCAAUGGUGGUAAUUAGGAAUAACGCAUUUAUUGUUAUAGUUAUGGUCUUUUGAAUAUACCAUUCCAAUUAAUAAGUAUUUGUUACGUGGCAGCAUGGCAGUGCAUUGUGGGAGCUGUAGUGCCACAAAUACGUGGAGGACUACACGUCCUAUGGAACUUUUUUUUUUUUUUUUUUGUUCCACAUGACAAAGGGAGCAACUACAGAAACCUUUUUUUCUCUAGCAUUGGGUUUGCAGUGGGUUUUGGGAAGUGUGUGUUCGCACACUGAAAACAAAACAGACCUUUUAGGCAUGACACCUGUUACCAACCACCAGGCCUAGAUAGACUUUUUUUCCAUUUUUUCAUGGUGCUACCAAGUGGCAUGGUUUGCCUUGACUUGCUCCCCUCGUAUCACAGCCUGGCAGUUCUGGCACAAGAAACAUAUAAAGUUUACUGUUGGUAACUGGUUCAACACUGAAGCUGUGCCUAUAGGUUGAUUUUGUGCUCAGCAGGAAAUGGCCUGGAGCAUUCCUAGUUCUUUAUAAUAUAUAUUUCUGUCAAUAAGCUAAUAAGGAGAGCGUGGAAAGUAGCUGACUGUAGGGUGGAGAUAGAUGCGCAAAGAGGACGUAGCUGAAGUGAGCAGAGUGGAAUAAAAAUCACAGUGUUGGUGAUCUACGCUCCCCGGUUUGGUCCUGGACAGCUGAGCAGGUUUGAUCAUGCAUACAGACUGACCACUCAGUCAUUCACAGAUUGUAGCUUCGUCUCCAUGGAGGCAGAGUAACCAAGGUAGCUCUGCCCAUGAGGAGCUGGGGGUUGAUGGGGGGCAACCUGUUGCAUUGUGGGUAUGGUGGUAUCAGGCAUGCUGGGUUAUGUCUUAUUUCACAGCAUACCUCUACAGGGCAGUGGUGGAUGUGUUUUAGGGUAGAAAUGUUUCCUGAUGGAGAGGGCUGCCUUCUCCCCCCACAAUAAAUGUGCUGUGCACUGUUUUAGAACCCCCAGCCCCUCGUGGUCUAGUCUUCAGGGAUACCAUGUGAGGGACUGUGAUGGAAAUGGAUAUAAAGAGGGCAGAUGAUUCUACACAUUGUAGGUGUCUGUCUUUAAGGAACACCAUAAUAUGCUGAAUACAUUUAAGUAUUUUUUUGGAGUUUGGUAAUAAUCUACAGACUUUUGUUAGUCUAAGCUUCAUUUCCCUUAUGAUGUUACUUAAUAUUGUGGAAAAGGUGCUGGAUUUGGGCUGAGAGGUUCGGUGUUAUAACAUCUGAGACACAGCUACUGACACGAUAAUGUGAUCUCCAAAAUACCCCCCUCCGUUACCUUUUAUUACAACAAUGACUGCUCAAAAAUAGCUAACACCACCCCCUGGUGGUGGACAGAAGAAGCUCGUCAAUUACGUCGCUUGCAUGGCCCGUUAUGGGCUUGUUCUAUUUGCAAGUGGCUUGUUUUUUGGGAUCGCAAUGCGGCUUUUUUGUCCAAACAAAAUUAAUAAACGUGUGGAUAGGGUAGUUUUUUGUAAGAAAACUCAUACCCUGUUAACCCAGGAAGCCAAAGGCCAUUUAUUCUUUGGAAUAAGAAUGCUAGGUAAAAACAUUGAUUGGUUUUUUAUUUCCUAUUAUUCACAAUAUGAAUGUGGAGAUAACGAGGAGUGUGUAUUUGAAAUGUCAUCCAUUGUUUGGUGUUUGCCAAUUGGCAGGAAACUAGGAUUCUGGUCAUAGUAGUUAGUUAUUUUCUGGACAUUUCAAACCAGCGGGCUGGUUUUUUUUUUUUUUUUUUUUUUUUUUUUUUUUUUUUUUUUUUUUAGUUUAGUCAUAUCCCACAGCUAAUAAAAAUACUUCAUCGUGAUUAAGUUCCACGUUUAAUACAAAUGGAUCUAGGGGUUUUAUGUAUACAAGACUGCUUUUACGUGUUCAGAAAUUGGUCCUAUAUACUUGACCGUUUGCAAUCUGUGAUUUUUGUUUUUAAUGAAAUAUAAGCAGAUACUGCUGUUCCGAGCUCACGUCAAUGAAAAGUCGGACACUUCAUGGGACGUCGACAUAUCUGGCCGCCAGAGGGCGGACAUCACCAGCUAACAGCGAAGGACCUGAGUCACUCCUGUAAACGCGCUGGCUUCAGAGGCUGGUUCUCUUUAGAAAUCCGUAUAGAGGUUCCUUAGAGCCCUGAAUCCUGCACUUAAAGGGUUCGUCUUUCUAAAUGCUUGUUAAAACAGCAAUUAAAACGGUGGCCAUUCGCUUUAUUAAACUCUCCACUGUAAAACUUAUUUCUUACUGUCUUCAUGAGCUAUGCACAAGAAUAUACUACUAAUUAAAAAGUUUAUAACAUUAACGUUAAUAUAACUGAUAAAUGUUUCCAUAACAUUUUUAUCACGUUAUGUUGAGAACUGUGUAGAUGAUUAUUUUUGUGGUUUUCCAGAAAUGUUUUAUUUGUUUUUAAAUAAGACAGGUGUGAAAUUUUUAAGUCGCUGCAAAUCCUAUUCGAAUACACUGUUCAAACAUGGUUUAAUAUGAAACGUGGAACGGUAUUACAAUGUAUACCAUGUGAACGUGUAAUUCUAUAUUUUAAAUGUAACUAGAAAUCGCGUAAAUGUCCAUGUUUUUUGCCAGAAUAAAGGUUUUAGGAAGAAAA